GGGUAUUUGAAAUUUGGUAAGUUAGUUGACGCUCGGAAGGUGUUUGAUAAAAUGUUGAAAAGUAAUGUUGUUUCUUGGACUGCUAUGCUUAAUGGGUAUUUGAUUUUUGGGUUAGAAAAUGAAGCUUUGAAGUUGUUCUCUGAUUUUGUUGGAAAUGGGAUUCGGCCAAAUUCUAAGACCUUUGUGUGCGUUUUGAGUUUGUGCAGUAGGAGAGUGGAUUUGGACCUUGGGAAGCAAAUUCAUGCAUGUGUAAUAAAAAAUAAUACGAGUAAUUUGAUUACAGAUAGCGCCAUAGUGUAUUUUUAUGCGCAGUGUGGUGACUUGAUGGGUGCGUUCCGUAUAUUUGAUAGGAUGAGAGAUCGGGAUGUAGUCUGUUGGACGACUAUGAUCACUGCUUGCUCGCAAAAUGGUUGGGGCGAGGAGGCUUCUGUGAUGUUUUCACAAAUGCUAUCUGAUGGAUGUGCCCCUAAUGAGUUUACAGUGUCUAGUGUUCUGAAGGUUUGUGGGGAGGAGAAGGCAUUGAAGGUUGGAAGACAAUUGCAUGGGGCCAUAGUUAAGAAGAUAUUUACAAAUGAUAUUUUCUUAGGGACAGCGCUAGUGGAUAUGUAUGCGAAAUGUGGAGAAAUAGAGGAUUCUAAGACAGUGUUUGAUGGAAUGAGGAAGAGGAACACAGUUACAUGGACUUCUAUCAUAGCAGGGUAUGCUCGGAAUGGUUUUGGUGAAGAAGCCAUAAGACUUUUUCGAGUAAUGAGAAGACGAAAAGUAUUCUCUAACAAAUUGACCAUGGUAAGCAUCCUUAGGGCAUGUGGAUUGAUUAGGGCUUUGUCGACAGGAAAGGAAGUACAUGCACAGAUAAUCAAAAAUUAUGGUCAAAGCAAUAUCCACAUAGGAAGCACUCUCGUGUGGCAUUAUUGCAAAUGUGGAGAGUACUCUACUGCAUCCAAGGUCCUCCAAGAGAUUUCCCUAAGAGAUGUUGUUUUAUGGACUGCAAUGAUUUCUGGAUGUGCUCAACUGGGGCAUGAGUAUGAGGCUCUUGGAUUCUUAAAAGAGAUGUUGGGGGAAGGUGUGGACCCAAACCCUUUCACUUAUUCAUCAGCUUUGAGGGCAUGUGCUAAACUAGAAGAUAUUCAGCAGGGGAGGUUGAUUCACUCCUCCAUAAACAAGACCCCUGCCUUGUCUAAUGUGUUUGUGGGCAGCUCUUUAAUUAACAUGUAUGCUAGAUGCGGAUAUGUUUUGGAGGCAACCCAAGUUUUUGAUAGCAUGCCAGAACGGAAUUUGGUUUCUUGGAAAGCUAUGAUUGUGGGAUAUGCAAAGAAUGGGCUCUGUGGGGAGGCUUUGAAGCUCAUGUACCGAAUGCAAGCAGAAGGUAUUGAGGUGGAUGAUUACAUCCUUGCAACAGUUAUUUGUGCGUGUGGAGAUUUUGAAUGGAGCAUAGAAGCUUCGUCUGAGCAUUGCCUUUACUUAAGUUGA